CUCCUGGUCAGCGCCAUGGACAAGACCCAUAGUGACCAUCUGCUGUACUCACUGGAAGAGCUGGUGCCCUAUGACUUUGAGAAGUUCAAGUUCAAGCUGCAGAACACCAGCCUGGAGAAGGAGCACUCCCGGAUCCCCCGGGGCCAACUCCAGACAGCCCAGCCAGUGAAGCUGGCCGAUCUGCUGGUCACCCACUACGGGGAGGAGGAUGCCGUGCGGCUGACCCUGCAGGUCCUGAGGGCCAUCAACCAGUACCUCCUGGCAGAGGAGCUCCACAGGGCGAUUGGCCCAGAGUUUCAGGUACAAGAAAGUGAUACAGACAGUUCAGCAAUGUCUGGUUCCUCUGGGGAGAUUAAGCCCAAGAGCCUGAAGAUACCAGAUGGCCUGGAAGGUGACAAGCAGAGACAAAGUGGUGAUGGGGCUGGCUGCCCACCAUGCAUCCAGCCUGAGGCUGGAAGGGGGCCCCAGAAGAAGCCUCUGACCAAACGGAGAGAUCAGAAAGGGUCUGAGGGCCUGGAUGUGCAGGGCAAGCCAGGGGCCAGGAACACGACUCUGUUCUCCAAGAGAAGCUCCUUCCCUGGCAAGCCACAGGGGGAGAAGGGGAGUGAUCCGAGAGUCGGGCUACGCAGGAAUGCCAGCUCUGCAGGAAGGCUCCAAGGACUCUCCAGUGGGUCAUAUGCUGGGUCCCCGGGAAGGAGAGGAUUUAAGACAUCUGAAGCAUGUUUACCUUCAAGAAAGAAGCGACCCAAAAGCCUUGAAUUUACCAUUUCUCCAGGGGAGACAGAACCCCUCAAUCCAGAAAUUCUUCUGCUUCAAGAGAAAAUGAGAACUGAGAAUCAAGGCUCAGCAGCCGCACUGAACACAGGGGCUACUGUGGCUCCAGAGAAAGGCUCCAGGAAUCCAGAACAUGCCGUGACUCUGGAGGGGGGAGCACUCAAGAAUACAAUUUCCAAUGUAUCAUUGGCUGGAAAGAAGAAGAUCUGGGAGCAUCUGGAAUCGACAGUACCUGCAGAGAAGAGUGGAAUUGAGGCUCCAAAGACUUCUGAGACCUUGGAGGAGGCAGUAGACGGUGUGCUCCAUGAGCCUUCAAAUCCAGAAGGCCCUCCAUUUUCAGGGAGGCUGAAAGACAAGGCUGUGUGUCCCCUCUACCGUGCCCAAGAAGGAGACCCGGUUGGUGGCAGCUGUGUGCAUGUUUCCUGCAGCUGCUCCGUUGCUUCUAGGGAUCCUGAGGCCUCAUGCAGCCGCUCAUCCAGCUGCCCCCGGUGCCAGGACUUGCUCCUGGGGAAGAACCAUGGAAGCUGUGAAUGGCAGGAGGGCCUGCAGAUGGCCAGCCUGAGUCCCAACUCCCUGCCACAGUGUGAGCGUCACAUGAAGCAGGUCCAGCUGCUCUUCUGCGAGGACCACGGGGAACCCAUCUGUCUCAUCUGCAGACUGAGUCAGGAGCACCGAGGCCACCGGGUACGCCCCAUUGAGGAGGCCGCCCUGGAAUACAAGGAACAAAUUCAGAAGCAGCUGGAGGAUCUGAAGGAGUUGAGAAAAUCUAGAGAGGAGCAGAGAUCUCAGGGGGAUAAGAAGACACUGAACUCCCUGAAACAAGCUGAAACCCAGAAGCAGAGAAUCCAGAACCAGUUGGAGCAGUUGUGCCAGUUUUUAGAGCAGCAAGAGCAGCUCUUUGCGGCCUGUCUGGAGGGACUGGGCCAGACCAUCGGCCAGGUUAGGGAGACAUAUGGCACCCAAAUGACAAAGGACAUCGCUCUUCUUGAUAAGCUGAUUGGGGAGCUGGAGGCCAAGCAGUGCCAGCCGGAAUGGGAGCUUAUGAAGGACAUUGGAGUCACCCUGCACAGGGCCAAGAUGGUGACUGUCUCUGAGCUGUGGGCCACUCCUCCAGAGGUAAAAGAAAAGAUCCACCUGCUCUACCAGAAAUCAGAGUUUGUGGAGAAGCGCAUGAAGCUGUUCUUGGAAACCCUGCGUUCAGAAAUGGAAACGUUCAAUGUUAAUGAGAUUCUGGAAGCAGAAACUGCCCACCCCAACCUCAUCUUUCAUCUUCUCUGAUGACUUGAAGACUGUGAGACUUGGAAAAAAAGUAGGACCGUCUGCCUGCUAGUCCAGAAGGACUCUAUAGCUGAAUCAUUGUCCUGGGCUCUCCAAGUUUGCUCUCUAGCCGCCAUUACUGAGACAUGAAGGUGGCAGACAAGACGGGGUGGGUCCUGGGUGUCUGCAAGGCAGCAGCAGCAAGGAGAAUAUGACUCUGUCACCGGAGAAUGGUUAUUGGAUAGAAAUGAUGAGGAAGUAGAGUGAGUGCCAGGCGUCCGGCUUUCCCUAGACCCAGAUGAGGGAGGCCCCCAUGCAGGCAUCUUCCUGAACUACAAGACUGGGGACAUUUCCUUUUACAAUGUGACAGCCAAAUCCCACAUCUCCAGAUCCACUGGCUUCUUUCCCUCUGGGCCCCUUCAACCUACCUUCGGCCCCAGGACACACGAUGGAGAGAAGAACGUGGAUCCUCUGACCAUCCGUCCAGCAAGUG